UGCCACCUGUCAGUGUCCAUCAGUGUCAGCUCUCAGUGCUCAUCCAUGCCACCUGCCAGUGCCCAUCAGUGCCACAUCACAGUGCACAUCAAUGCCACAUAUCAGUGCCCAUCUGAGCUGCCUUUCAGUGUCACCCAUUAGUGCCAGUCAGUGCCGCCUAUCAGUGCCAUAUAUGAGUGCUGCCUUUCAGUGUCCAUCAGUGAUGCCUGUCAAUGCCUAUCAGUGCUACCUACCAGUGCCUCCUCAUCAGUGCCCAUCAGUGCCACCUAUCAGUGUCCAUCAGAGCAGCCUCAUU